AUAAGAUUAAUACGUUGAUUAUUUUCUUGUAAUCAUAAGGAUAUUGGAACUAUUUAUUUUAUUUUUAGUUUAUGAUCAGGAGUUUUAGGAAUAAUAUUAAGUCUAUUAAUUCGUGUAGAGUUAGGUCAACCUGGUUCUUUUAUUGGAGAUGAUCAGAUUUAUAAUACUAUUGUUACUUCUCAUGCUUUUGUAAUAAUUUUUUUUAUAGUUAUACCUGCUAUAAUUGGAGGUUUUGGUAAUUGGUUAGUUCCUUUAAUAAUUUCUGCACCAGAUAUAGCUUUUCCACGUUUAAAUAAUAUAAGUUUUUGAUUAUUAGUACCUUCUCUUAGUUUAUUAAUUUUUUCUUCUUUUAUUGAAAGUGGAGUAGGUACAGGUUGAACGGUUUAUCCUCCUUUAUCAGGAAAUUUAUUUCAUAGAGGUGUAGCAGUUGAUUUAGGAAUUUUAAGUUUGCAUUUAGCUGGAAUCUCCUCUAUUAUAAGAUCUAUUAAUUUUAUUGCUACUAUUUUAAAUAUACGUGUAAAGGGGAUAAAUCUUGAAAUAAUGCCUUUAUUUGUAUGGUCUGUUUUUAUUACUACUAUUUUAUUAUUAUUAUCUUUGCCUGUUUUAGCUGGAGCUAUUACAAUAUUGUUAACAGAUCGAAAUUUUAAUACUACAUUUUUUGAUCCUAGAGGUGGUGGUGAUCCUAUUUUAUAUCAACAUUUAUUUUGAUUUUUUGGACACCCAGAAGUUUAUAUUUUAAUUUUGCCUGGUUUUGGUAUUAUUUCUCAUGUAAUUUGUAUACAAAGAGGGAAGAAGCAGCCUUUUGGAAAUUUAGGGAUAAUUUACGCUAUAAUAACUAUCGGUAUUUUAGGUUUUAUUGUAUGGGCUCAUCAUAUAUUUACAGUAGGAAUAGAUAUUGAUACUCGAGCAUAUUUUACUGCAGCUACAAUAAUUAUUGCGGUUCCUACUGGUAUUAAAAUUUUUUCUUGAUUAGCAACAAUUCAUGGUUCUAUAGUUAAAUUAGAUGUCCCGAUAAUUUGAUCUUUAGGUUUUAUUUUUUUAUUUACUUUAGGGGGUAUUACUGGUGUAAUUUUAGCUAAUUCUUCUAUUGAUAUUGUUUUACAUGAUACUUAUUAUGUAGUAGCACAUUUUCACUAUGUAUUAAGAAUAGGGGCUGUAUUUGCUAUUAUUGCUGGGGUUGUAAAUUGAUUUCCUAUAUUUUUUGGAAUAAGAAUGAAUUCUAAAUUUUUAAAGGUUCAUUUUCUAAUAAUAUUUAUUGGAGUAAAUAUAACUUUUUUUCCUCAACAUUUUUUAGGUUUAAGUGGAAUACCUCGUCGUUAUUCAGAUUAUCCUGAUUUUUACAGAAGGUGAAAUAUAAUAUCUAGUCUAGGUUCAUUAAUAUCUGUAUUAAGAAUAUGUUUAUUUUUAUUUAUUUUAUGAGAGGCUAUAGUGGUAAAACGAAUAGUAGUUUAUUCUCAUAAUAUAAGAACUAGUUUGGAGUGAAAUUUUAAUUUUCCUCCAGUUGCUCAUACUUUUAAUGAAGUAGUAGUAAUUUAUACUAAAUAG